UGCCACUGAACAGACUGGAAUGCACUGGAACACGGAAGCCUAUGCGGGGAUACAUUGUAGCGCUGAGCCCUUCCGCUGUAACAUUGUAGCGCUGAGCCGCUCAUACACUGUAGCGCUGUAACUUCAGGCUGUGCCGCAAACUGAGUGCGCUAUUCUCUCUCUAAUCUGGAAACUCUGUCGCUUUUGGACCAGGGAUUGCAUUGACGGAUUAUCUUCACCUUUCUCUAAGGGAUUUAUAGAUUUUUGCCUUGGGACCUUUAUCCUCCCCUUGUCCUGGGACAGGGACCUUCAUCAGGAUCUAUGUUCCUAUAGUGAGACUGCAGGAAAAUGGAUCGGAUAGGACUGGCUGUGCUGCUCUGCUCCCUGCCUGUCCUCACACAAGGUCUUCGAUGCACUCAGACUGCAGAAAUGUGCCUGAACGGUGGGAGGUGCGAAAUGACCCCUGGUGGAACUGGGGUGUGCCUAUGCGGUAAUUUGUAUUUCGGUGAAAGGUGCCAGUUCCCCAAUCCCUGCACCAUAAAGAAUCAGUGUAUGAACUUUGGAACCUGCGAGCCUGUGCUACAGGGGAACGCCAUAGACUUCAUCUGCCACUGCCCCGUGGGUUUCACCGACAAAGUGUGCCUGACUCCCGUGGAUAACGCCUGCGUCAACAACCCGUGCCGGAAUGGAGGAACCUGUGAACUUUUGAAUAGCGUGACUGAAUACAAAUGCAGGUGUCCCCCAGGAUGGACAGGGGAUUCGUGCCAGCAGGCAGAUCCAUGUGCCUCUAAUCCAUGUGCCAAUGGUGGGAAGUGUUUGCCCUUUGAGAUCCAGUAUAUCUGCAAGUGUCCCCCUGGAUUCCAUGGAGCUACCUGCAAGCAGGACAUUAAUGAGUGCAGCCAAAAUCCCUGCAAGAAUGGCGGCCAGUGCAUCAAUGAGUUUGGAUCAUACCGCUGCACCUGUCAGAACAGGUUUACUGGAAGAAACUGUGAUGAGCCAUAUGUCCCCUGCAACCCAUCGCCGUGCUUGAAUGGAGGGACCUGCCGCCAAACUGAUGACACCUCCUAUGAUUGCACUUGUCUUCCAGGCUUUAGUGGACAAAAUUGUGAAGAGAACAUUGACGACUGCCCGAGCAACAACUGCCGCAAUGGUGGGACCUGUGUGGAUGGAGUCAACACCUAUAACUGCCAGUGUCCACCUGACUGGACAGGCCAAUACUGCACGGAGGAUGUGGACGAAUGCCAACUGAUGCCAAACGCUUGCCAAAAUGGGGGAACCUGCCACAACACCUACGGUGGAUACAACUGUGUUUGUGUCAACGGCUGGACCGGAGAGGACUGCAGCGAGAACAUUGACGAUUGUGCCAACGCCGCCUGCCAUAGUGGUGCCACCUGUCAUGAUCGCGUGGCGUCUUUCUACUGCGAGUGCCCACACGGCCGGACAGGUCUCCUUUGCCACCUGGAUAAUGCCUGUAUCAGCAAUCCCUGCAACGAAGGCUCCAACUGUGACACCAACCCAGUCAACGGGAAAGCCAUUUGCACCUGCCCACCUGGGUACACUGGUCCUGCUUGCAACAAUGAUGUGGAUGAGUGCUCUCUGGGUGCCAAUCCAUGUGAGCAUGGUGGGAGAUGUACCAACACCCUGGGUUCCUUCCAGUGCAACUGCCCCCAGGGAUAUGCAGGACCCCGCUGCGAGAUUGAUGUCAAUGAAUGUCUUUCCAACCCGUGCCAAAAUGAUGCCACAUGCCUGGACCAGAUUGGAGAGUUUCAGUGUAUAUGUAUGCCAGGUUACGAAGGCCUUUACUGUGAAACCAACAUAGAUGAAUGUGCCAGCAACCCCUGCCUACAUAAUGGCAAGUGCAUUGAUAAAAUCAACGAGUUCCGCUGCGACUGUCCCACAGGCUUCAGUGGAAACCUCUGCCAGCAUGACUUUGAUGAGUGUACCAGCACUCCGUGCAAAAAUGGAGCCAAAUGCUUGGAUGGUCCAAAUUCUUACACCUGCCAAUGUACAGAAGGUUUCACCGGGCGCCACUGCGAACAAGACAUCAAUGAAUGCAUUCCUGAUCCGUGCCACUACGGCACCUGCAAAGACGGCAUUGCUACCUUCACAUGCCUGUGCCGGCCUGGGUACACGGGGCGUCUGUGUGAUAAUGACAUCAAUGAGUGCCUGAGCAAGCCGUGCCUAAACGGGGGGCAGUGUACAGACCGAGAGAAUGGAUACAUAUGCACUUGUCCCAAAGGAACCACAGGGGUGAAUUGCGAAACCAAUAUAGAUGACUGUGCCAGUAACCUGUGCGAUAAUGGAAAGUGCAUUGACAAGAUUGAUGGCUACGAGUGCACCUGCGAGCCUGGUUACACAGGCAAGUUGUGCAAUAUUAACAUUAACGAAUGUGACAGCAAUCCAUGCCGCAAUGGAGGGACUUGCAAAGACCAGAUCAAUGGCUUCACAUGUGUGUGCCCAGAUGGCUACCAUGACCACAUGUGCCUGUCUGAAGUAAAUGAAUGCAACAGCAAUCCAUGUAUCCACGGGGCGUGCCAUGAUGGAGUCAAUGGGUAUAAAUGUGACUGUGAAGCAGGAUGGAGCGGUAGCAAUUGUGACAUCAAUAACAAUGAGUGUGAAUCCAACCCGUGUAUGAAUGGUGGUACCUGCAAAGACAUGACCGGAGCAUAUAUCUGUACUUGCAAAGCAGGAUUUAGUGGGCCAAACUGCCAAACUAACAUCAACGAAUGUUCCUCUAACCCCUGCUUGAACCAUGGAACGUGUAUUGAUGAUGUUGCUGGUUACAAAUGCAACUGCAUGUUACCUUAUACAGGUGCCAUUUGUGAGGCAGUUUUGGCUCCGUGUGCAGGCAGUCCUUGUAAAAAUGGUGGCAGAUGUAAAGAAUCAGAAGACUUUGAAACCUUCUCUUGUGAAUGUCCACCCGGGUGGCAAGGGCAAACAUGUGAGAUUGACAUGAAUGAAUGCGUAAAUCGCCCUUGCCGUAACGGUGCAACGUGUCAAAACACCAAUGGCAGCUACAAGUGCAACUGCAAACCUGGUUACACUGGGCGGAACUGCGAGAUGGACAUUGAUGACUGCCAACCAAAUCCUUGUCACAAUGGAGGAUCCUGUUCUGACGGCAUUAAUAUGUUUUUCUGUAACUGCCCGGCCGGGUUCCGGGGGCCUAAGUGCGAAGAGGACAUUAACGAGUGUGCCAGUAACCCGUGCAAAAAUGGAGCCAACUGCACUGAUUGUGUAAACAGCUACACAUGCACCUGCCAGCCUGGAUUUAGUGGCAUCCACUGUGAAAGCAACACCCCUGACUGCACCGAGAGCUCGUGCUUUAAUGGUGGCACCUGCAUUGAUGGGAUCAAUACGUUUACAUGCCAGUGCCCACCUGGAUUUACCGGAAGCUACUGCCAACAUGAUAUCAAUGAAUGUGACUCCAAGCCUUGUUUGAACGGAGGCACCUGCCAGGACAGUUACGGGACAUACAAGUGCACCUGUCCGCAAGGAUACACUGGGCUGAACUGCCAGAACCUGGUGCGUUGGUGUGACUCUUCUCCCUGUAAAAAUGGAGGAAAGUGCUGGCAGACAAACAACUUUUAUCGUUGUGAGUGCAAGAGUGGCUGGACUGGUGUUUACUGUGAUGUCCCCAGUGUCUCCUGCGAGGUUGCUGCUAAGCAGCAAGGUGUGGAUAUCGUUCAUCUGUGUCGCAAUUCUGGCAUGUGUGUGGACACUGGAAACACACAUUUCUGCCGCUGUCAGGCUGGCUACACAGGCAGUUACUGCGAGGAACAGGUGGACGAAUGCUCGCCGAAUCCUUGUCAGAACGGUGCCACAUGCACAGACUACUUAGGUGGCUACUCUUGCGAGUGUGUUGCCGGCUACCAUGGAGUAAACUGCUCCGAGGAGAUCAAUGAGUGUUUGUCCCACCCGUGCCAGAAUGGAGGAACCUGUAUUGAUCUCAUUAACACCUACAAAUGCUCCUGCCCCAGAGGAACUCAAGGUGUGCACUGUGAAAUUAAUGUGGAUGAUUGCACGCCCUUCUACGACUCCUUCACCUUGGAACCCAAAUGCUUCAACAAUGGCAAAUGUAUAGACCGCGUGGGUGGCUAUAACUGCAUCUGCCCUCCAGGCUUUGUAGGGGAACGCUGUGAAGGCGAUGUGAACGAGUGCCUGUCUAAUCCCUGUGACUCCCGUGGCACCCAGAACUGCAUUCAACUGGUGAAUGAUUACCGGUGUGAGUGCCGGCAGGGAUUCACAGGAAGGCGCUGUGAAUCUGUUGUGGAUGGUUGUAAGGGAAUGCCCUGCCGAAACGGUGGAACAUGUGCUGUCGCCAGCAAUACAGAACGUGGAUUUAUUUGCAAAUGCCCUCCUGGGUUUGACGGAGCCACUUGCGAGUAUGAUUCACGAACCUGCAGCAACCUUCGCUGCCAGAAUGGCGGCACUUGCAUUUCGGUGCUGACGAGUUCCAAAUGCGUGUGCUCGGAAGGCUAUACUGGCGCCACAUGUCAGUACCCUGUUAUCAGUCCUUGUGCUUCCCACCCUUGUUACAAUGGAGGAACCUGCCAGUUCUUUGCUGAGGAACCUUUCUUCCAGUGCUUCUGUCCAAAAAACUUUAACGGGCUCUUCUGCCAUAUCUUGGAUUAUGAGUUUCCCGGGGGACUAGGCAAGAAUAUUACUCCUCCUGAUAAUGACGAUAUCUGCGAAAACGAGCAGUGCUCUGAGCUGGCUGACAACAAAGUCUGCAACGCCAACUGCAACAACCAUGCUUGCGGAUGGGAUGGAGGAGACUGCUCUCUCAACUUCAAUGACCCAUGGAAGAACUGCACCCAGUCGCUGCAGUGCUGGAAAUAUUUCAAUGAUGGCAAAUGCGAUUCUCAGUGCAACAACACUGGGUGUCUGUACGACGGGUUUGACUGCCAGAAAGUUGAGGUUCAGUGCAACCCUUUGUAUGACCAGUACUGCAAGGAUCACUUUCAAGAUGGCCACUGCGACCAAGGCUGUAACAAUGCAGAGUGCGAAUGGGAUGGCCUGGACUGCGCCAACAUGCCAGAGAACCUGGCUGAAGGCACCCUGGUGUUGGUCGUCCUCAUGCCCCCUGAAAGGCUUAAGAACAACUCUGUCAAUUUCCUCCGUGAGCUGAGCCGAGUGCUCCACACAAAUGUGGUGUUCAAGAAAGACAGCAAAGGCGAAUACAAGAUCUACCCUUACUAUGGCAAUGAGGAAGAACUUAAAAAACAUCACAUCAAGAGGUCAACUGAUUACUGGUCGGAUGCUCCUUCUGCCAUCUUCAGCACAAUGAAAGAAUCCAUUUUACUAGGAAGGCAUCGUAGGGAGUUGGAUGAAAUGGAAGUUAGGGGGUCAAUCGUAUACUUGGAAAUAGACAACCGCCAGUGUUACAAAUCCUCCUCUCAGUGCUUCAACAGUGCUACAGAUGUUGCCGCAUUCCUUGGGGCUUUGGCCUCCCUUGGGAGUCUGGACACCCUUUCCUAUAAGAUUGAGGCAGUGAAAAGUGAGAACAUGGAGACCCCCAAGCCCUCUACUCUCUAUCCCAUGUUAUCCAUGUUGGUCAUUCCGUUAUUAAUCAUCUUCGUCUUCAUGAUGGUCAUCGUUAAUAAGAAGCGUCGCCGUGAACACGGACAGCUUUGGUUCCCCGACGGCUUUAUUCCAAAAGAACCCAGCAAAAAGAAACGGCGAGAGCCCCUUGGGGAGGAUUCUGUUGGCUUAAAGCCCAUUAAGAAUAUGACAGAUGGCUCUUUUAUGGACGAUAAUCAGAAUGAAUGGGGAGAUGAGGAGACCCUGGAAAACAAGAGGUUCAGGUUUGAAGAGCAAGUGAUUCUCCCAGAACUUGUUGACGACAAAACUGACCCCCGACAGUGGACACGGCAGCACCUUGACGCCGCUGAUCUGCGCAUUUCAUCCAUGGCCCCAACGCCGCCGCAGGGAGAGCUUGAGGCCGACUGUAUGGAUGUCAAUGUCCGUGGCCCUGAUGGCUUCACCCCACUUAUGAUUGCCUCCUGUAGCGGAGGUGGAUUAGAGACUGGAAACAGCGAAGAGGAAGAGGAUGCUUCAGCUAAUAUGAUUUCCGACUUCAUUGGGCAGGGUGCCCAACUGCAUAACCAAACCGACCGCACUGGCGAGACAGCACUUCAUCUGGCCGCAAGAUACGCACGUGCUGAUGCAGCCAAGCGCCUGUUGGAAUCGAGUGCGGACGCCAACGUCCAGGAUAACAUGGGCAGGACUCCUCUCCAUGCAGCAGUGGCGGCUGAUGCUCAGGGCGUAUUCCAGAUUCUCAUUCGGAACCGAGCGACAGACUUAGACGCCCGCAUGUUUGAUGGCACUACCCCUCUGAUCCUGGCCGCUCGGCUGGCCGUGGAAGGGAUGGUGGAGGAGCUUAUCAAUGCUCAUGCAGAUGUCAACGCUGUUGAUGAAUUUGGAAAAUCUGCUUUGCAUUGGGCAGCGGCUGUGAAUAACGUUGAUGCUGCAGCUGUGCUUCUCAAGAAUAGUGCAAAUAAGGACAUGCAAAACAACAAGGAAGAGACAUCCCUGUUCUUGGCCGCAAGAGAAGGCAGCUACGAAACUGCCAAAGUCCUUUUGGAUCACUACGCCAACCGUGACAUCACAGACCACAUGGAUCGGCUGCCUCGUGACAUCGCCCAAGAACGCAUGCACCACGACAUUGUUCACCUGCUGGAUGAAUAUAACCUUGUGAAGAGCCCAACGCUGCACAAUGGUCCGUUGGGAGCAACGACAUUAUCACCUCCCAUCUGCUCCCCUAAUGGUUACAUGGGGAACAUGAAGCCUUCUGUUCAGAGCAAGAAAGCCCGCAAGCCCAGUAUCAAAGGUAAUGGCUGCAAAGAGGCCAAAGAGCUGAAAGCCAGAAGGAAAAAAUCUCAAGAUGGGAAAACAACUCUCUUGGAUUCUGGCAGUUCUGGAGUGUUGUCCCCAGUGGACUCCCUGGAGUCAACACAUGGAUACUUAUCAGAUGUGUCUUCUCCUCCGCUGAUGACCUCUCCGUUUCAGCAGUCUCCAUCCAUGCCUCUGAACCACUUGACAAGCAUGCCAGAGUCCCACCUUGGCAUGAAUCACAUAAACAUGGCCACCAAGCAGGAAAUGGCAGCAGGUUCCAACAGAAUGGCUUUUGAUGCCAUGGUGCCACGUCUGACCCAUCUCAAUGCCUCAAGCCCUAAUACCAUCAUGAGCAAUGGAUCCAUGCAUUUCACUGUGGGAGGAGCUCCGACUAUGAACAGCCAAUGUGACUGGUUAGCUAGGCUGCAGAAUGGGAUGGUCCAGAAUCAGUAUGACCCAAUCAGAAAUGGCAUCCAACAAGGCAAUGCUCAACAAGCUCAAGCUCUUCAGCAUGGCCUUAUGACCUCGCUCCAUAAUGGUCUGCCAGCAACAACUCUCUCCCAAAUGAUGACCUAUCAGGCCAUGCCCAACACAAGGCUAGCCAAUCAGCCACAUCUAAUGCAAGCCCAGCAAAUGCAACAGCAGCAAAACUUGCAGUUGCACCAGAGCAUGCAGCAACAACAUCACAAUUCCAGCACGACCUCUACUCACAUCAACUCACCAUUCUGCAGCAGUGACAUAAGCCAGACGGACCUGCAGCAAAUGUCAAGCAACAACAUUCAUUCAGUAAUGCCCCAGGACACUCAGAUAUUUGCCGCAUCUCUGCCUUCCAAUCUUACGCAGUCUAUGACAACUGCACAAUUUUUAACCCCCCCUUCCCAGCAUAGCUACUCCUCCCCAAUGGACAAUACACCAAGCCAUCAACUACAAGUACCAGACCACCCGUUCCUGACGCCUUCUCCUGAGUCACCUGACCAGUGGUCAAGCUCCUCCCCUCAUUCCAAUAUGUCUGACUGGUCAGAAGGAAUAUCAAGUCCUCCCACGAGUAUGCAGCCUCAGCGCACCCACAUACCUGAAGCUUUCAAGUAAAAAAAAAAAGUUUAAAAAAAUGUAAAAUAUUUUUAAAGACACUGAGAGAGACUUUAAGAGACUGAAGGAAAUUUUUAUAUGGUUUUUAUACUUAAAAUAACAGAACAUUUGAAUUUUCUAGUAUUUAUUUAUAUAUACGUUUGACCUAAAACACUGCCCUUUUAUUUAUAAGCUUUUUUUCAUUUUUAGGACAAAAUAUUUUAACUUCUUGCCUUGAAAGUUUUUCAGUUCUAAAUCUUAUGAAAUUGGUUCCUGCCUGGUAUUGAAAACGGCAAUGUAUUUAUUUUUUAUUUACCUGAAUAGUAUACAGGAACAAACCACUGGGGUGGGGGGGUUAUCGGGAUGUGUAUUUAGCAGAAAAAAGAUUUUCUAUAAAAUGAAAUCUUUCAGGUUUUCAUUUAUAGCACUAAAAAGAUUCCAGUAUUACUUUUAAAUUAAAUCAUGAAGAAGAUGCUCCGAAUACCUCUCGCUGUCAGGGAGGUGCCCAAUAGGUUUUUUUUUUUUUGGUUUUUUUUUUGGAAAACCUGAAACUCUUGGUAAGUACAGAAAGAAAGCAUAAAAUACAGGAGGGCACGCCUAGGUCUGAUGCAUUCUCAAUGGGAAUAAAAUCCUGAAAAGUGACUCAUUUUAAAAAAUUAUAUUUGUUAGAAAAAACAAACUGCCAUUUUGAAUCCCUUGUGUCGCAUGGGGUAUUGGUCAGAAAAUGCAUGCAAUUUUUGGUACAAGCCCGUGGCAUAUUUUCUACAGUUUUUUUUUUUUUUUUUUUUUUGUAAAUAUCUAUGGUGGAUUUUGUUUCAAAAAUCUAUUUGUAUAUCCUGAUUUAUAUUGCUUAUCCGAGUAGGAGUGCAGGCUGGAUGGAACCAUGCCGAAGACAAAUCGCAGAUUGGACAUUGUUUUUUAUUUUUUUGCCUACAGAGACUAUUUGCACAUGAACAACAACAAAAAAAAGAAGAUAUAUUUAAAUAUAAAAUUUUAUACAAACGAAAAAACAAAAAACAAAAACUGUCGAUUUGCCUCUAGUUCCACUUCUUCUGUGAUACGAUGCAGUUGGGCAGUUCAUUCCUUAUGCCGUACUGUACAAAGAUCUGUAGAAUUUAGUUGUUUUUCCUGAACAAAUAAAUAUGUAAUGUAUCGAGCAGAAAUGUAGUUUACAAAAAAAACUAUUUGUUGUUGUUGCUGUUAACACUUCUGUAAACAAAUUUUUUUUGGUUUGUUUAUUUGUUGUAAUAAAAUUGUACAAAAU